AUGUUCGCAGCACCUGCAACUCAGCGCAAGCCUGGUGCCCGCGCUCCGCACGGCGGCGCCCCCCGCCCGGUUGCAAAACGGCGGUCGGCCGCGCCCGCGCGCAGUGGCAGGCGCAGCAGCGUGGGCGGCGCCGAUGAGGCGCAGCGGGAGCGGGCGGCGUUUGCGCGGGACGCCGAGCGGAGGGUGCAGCUGCAGCUGCAGGAGGAGGAGCUGCAGGAGAGGCUGCUGCAGCUGGAAGCGCUCGAGGCGCGCGUGAAGGGGGCAGUGGAGGGCCUGGAGGGCGCAGCAAGGCGGGUGCGUGGCGCCGACCACGGGGCGGGCUCGCGUACCGGCGUCCGCCAGGCGCCGUGCGACGGGGACGAGCAGGGCAACGGCGACAGCAGCAGCGAGGACGAGCCUGACGAGUGCGGGGGGCGGCAGGGGCAAGGCGUGCCGGCGAGCCGCAGCGAUGGCGGCAUUGGCCGCAAUGGCAGCGGCGGCCGUUGCGGUGGCGGCACAAUCGCGGACGAGGAGGUGCUGCGGCAGGUGCUGCUGUCGCUGCAGCGGGUGGAGGCUGUUGAGCAGGAGGUCGCGGCGCGGUGGCUGGGAGGAGGCGGCAACUCAUUGGAACACGAGGACGACGAGGGCGAGGGUUGGUCGGCGGGCGCAGCUGGCGGUGGCCGCGCCUUCAGGCUUGACAGCAAAAAACAGGAGGGCGACGACCUCAGCCUGCGAAGGCGUGCGCACGCCUUGGCGCUGAACAAAACCGCCCCGCCGCGUGCCGCAGCACAGCAGCAGCAGCAGCAGCAGCAGCAGCAGCAGCAGCAGCAGCAGCAGCUGUGCGCAGACGCAGCAGCAUGCACGGCUGUCAGCAGCGGGCAGGAUCCCAUCAGUGAUGGGGCACUGCGCUCAAUUUUGUUGGGCCGCCGGCGCUUCCUGCGCCACCAAUCCGACGUCGACGGUGGAGCUGGUGGGCUUGCCAAGCGUGCGCCCGGCGGGAUGCGCUCGCGGGCCGCGCCCCCACUGCAGCCGUCGGCGGUGGUGGAGGCUGUGGCGGACGCGCUGGUCGACGAGGCUCUGGCUGAGGUGGCACGAGAAAUGGAUGAGGUUUGCGAUGGGGUUUGCGACGCGCUGUUUGAGGCCGAGUUUCGGUGA